AGGAUAUAUAAGCCAACUUGGCUCUAAUAUCAAGAAAUUAGAAAAGUUACAAGAGCAAGAAGAGAAUAAAGACAUAACUAGAAUACUAACAGACCUUGUAGAUCAAAUAGUGACUAUAGAUUUCAAUUUUCAAAAAUUUAAAGAAAUAAGUGACCAAAAAGUGAAAAUGUAUCUUGAUAACAUGAAGGAUAUAAAAGUAUUACCUCAAAGAUUAAAA